AUGAACUCGAACUGCCGCAAGACUCAGCUAGAGCCAUCAGCCCGCCUCAGUAAAGCAGAAGGGGAAUGCAUCAGGAGAGAAGCCUCCGUCACAGAGCCAACAGCCACCACCUCGCACUUGGAGAGGCACAAGCGAAAGGAAAAAGUGAGCCCCGAAAAGGGCAAAGGGAAGCCCGCAAAGGGCAAGCCUGCCAAGGGAGCUGAGCAGUCCGCCAAGGGCAAGCCAGCUCAGACUAACAGAGGUGCCGGCCAGAAGGUUGAGAGCCCCAGCAGCGCAGAAUCCUCUUUGGGCACCACUGCUGCAGCUUCUUCUGGGAAGAGCCGGCAGAGCGUUGCCCCGCCUGCCUCCGCAAAAGGGGGCCACAGAGCCAGCGAGGAGGCAAAGCCUGAAGCCUCGCCAAAGGCUGCGCCCAAAGCAGCCGAGGCACCGGCAGCAAAGGCUAAGGCGCCGCCGCCUUGCCUGGGACCACCGCCUCCGCUCAGGGAAGCUCCCGAGCAGCUGCUGGACCAGAUCAGCCAGGCUAUCUUCGAUAUCUCCAGAGAUGAGCCAGCAACAGGCUCAGCAGCUUGUGCAGGGCCGACCCCGUGGUCGAGGCCCUGCGCGGUGGCAAACCUUAGGGGUUUGCUGGAGAGCCAAGCGCAGCAGCUGCAGGCUGCGAUUGGCGAACUUGCGGCCCAGAGACAACAACAACAGGGCCUAGCUGCAGCAGCCGCUACGGCGGCACCCGCCCUGCGCCCGCGCAGGCGAGCGGUGGAGGGCACUUGCUCAAGAGCAUGCGGCUCCCUACCGCCUUUAAGGGGCGAGACGACUGGGAGCGCUUUGCCUUUCAGGCAGAGUCUUUGCCUGGCGGUCGUAGACACCAGGUACCCAGCAGAACUGGAGGUGGCUCGGAAGUGCAAGGUGCCACUCCAGAUGGCCGCCAUGACCGAAGAAGUGCGGACCAUGAGUGUCCGCCUCUUUGGCAUGCUUGGCAGCUGGACCCAGGACUCCGCCACAGCUGUAAAGCUGGCGCGCGGAGUGAAAGGCCAGAAUGGGUUCGAGCUCUGGCGUCUCCUCUGGCAGGAGCACAACCCAGAGAACGAGUCCAAGAACCUCACCUGGAGGCGGACCCUGCUGAUGCCGAAAUUCCCGCCAAAGGAGAGCGACUUCUCCUUGGCUCUGCAGGAAUGGGAGGCAGACGUGGACCGCUACGCCUCCGAGUAUGGCGAAGGGCGCGCCCUAGCAGAUGAAGAUCUGCGGGCAGUGCUGGUGACCGAGAGCCCCAAUGCUCUUCGGCAGCACCUCGCUAUGCACGCGGAGUGCUGGUUUAAAACCAAGGGAAAAGGCAAAGGCAACAAGGGCCAGGUGGCCCAAGUGGCCGACGACGCGGCCACGACGUUGUCAACGGCCUCCCUGGCGACUGCGGGCCCCUCCGCGCCCCAAGCUGCAUGCGGUUUGCCCCGCCUCAUCAGUUCUACAGCCGGGCCACUGGCUGGACUCUGUCAGUUCCCGUGGCGCACAAAGGGCACAGACACGCGGCUUACGCCGCGGCUUGUGGAGCAGUUCGUGGAUCGCCUGGGGUACGACAAGUUUACCCUGCAGGCCGACCAGGAGAAUGCCAUAGCCUCUGUGGCCCGUGCGGUCCACCGCCGGCUUGGAGCUGCUAGGGUGCGUCUUCGGGACGCCCCUCGCGGGUCGCACCAAAGCCAAGGAUCCGUAGAGGGAAGAAACGCACACCUAGCAGGCGAGGUUCGCACUUGGCUCUCGCAGCUAAGAGCGGACUACCCCGCCUUAGAGUGGGACACUUCGUCCAACUUGUUCCCGUGGCUUGCCCGUUUUGGGACAAAGUCAACGGACGGGGUGACACCAUAUCGGGCAGCCACAGGCACCGAUUAUGGUGGAGCACUUUGCUCUUUUGGCGAAACCGUUUUAGCAAAGCUCCCAAGGCCUGGGAACAAAGCGCAGGUGCGCUGGGUCAAAGGAGUCUGGGCCGGCAAGCUGGAGCGCGACGACUCCCACGAAGUGGAGCGGCUAGAACCGCCCGGUGAGCCCAUGGCUCUUCAACGACGAGCCGCGGCCCGACGACGAGGCCCUCCUAGUGGAAGGGGCCGAACAGGCCAGCAGACUCCCAAACACCACCCCACCGACAAGCUAGCCAACGCAGACGUGCCCCACUACGAGCCGUCAGACGUGGAGGCAGAACCUGCCGCGCGCGAAGGGGGGCAGAAGCGCGACUCUGCGGGCCGCACGGAGCCCAAGAAGGCACCGCGGCUAGGGGCGCUCACUGAGCGCGAGGUGUGGCAGCACAUCGCUGCCUUAGCCGACCCGCCGCUCACCAACCACCAAGGCGAGCGGGACGCGUGGGUCGGGCAGGUGACGGACCUGCUAGACCGGAUGCUGGACCCCAAGCAGGUCGAGCAAGCACGCAAGGAGCAGCUGACAAAGCUGUGGGACCGAGGCGCUUUCACGCCUGUGCUGCGGUCUGAAGUACCGCGCGGGGCGCAGCUGUUCAGGGCAAAGUGGGUUGACAAGUGCGACAAAGGAAGGCACAAGUCAAGGUGUACCUGUGCCGACGUCAAGGCCCGCUACAGCCCAGAACAGGAAGCUGGCUUGGACGUUUUCGUUCCAACGCCAACGCCCGAGAGUCAUUCCCUGUUGGAGGUAGCAGCGCUACGCAACGAAGGGUGGGUCACAAGGUCUCUGGAUAUUGUGGCCGCCUUUCUCAUAGGGAAGGACCGCGGCGCGGCGGAAGGCCGCCCGGUCUACAUGCACGCGCCUGUGGAGUGGCGCGAGCUCUUUGACCAAUGGGUCUUGGAGCAGCCUGCAAAGGACCAGCAGUGGGACGAGCUGGAAGAAGUCCUCACCGGCAAGCUGAGCCAGGACUACGACUUCCAGCGAGGCGUGAAGGACCCGUGCGUGUUCCUAGACCGCCGGUCCGGCCUGAUCCUUCUCCACCACAUCGACGACAUCCGUGUCGCAGGCCCCAAGGCCGCAGUGCUGAAGUUCACCGAGGUGGACCUGCCGAAGCACUGUGAGAUAACGGUGGGAGAACUGGAGGAGCCGGGCACAGCGGUGGAGGUCCUAGGCAGGACCAAGGUGCGCACUGAGGACUCUAUCCUCACGCUGCCCGACAGCAAGCACGCUGAGAAUGUGUGCGAGCAGCUGGGCAUCGGCCCAAAAGACAAGGGGACCGUGCCUAGCAGACCUCUAGACCUGACCAAGGUCGAGGAGCUCUCUGCGGGUGACGCCGCGAGGUUCCACAGCGCCGUGGGUAGUGCUAUCUACCUGUCGGCAGACCGGCGAAACAUACAGUUCGCCGUGAAAGAGCUGGGUCUGCGCCGGCGGUUUGGAAGGGUGGUUGUGCUGGACCCCGCAUCUAAGAGCACAGCUCUUCUGAACUUGGAGGUCUACUCAGACUCCGACUGGGCAGGGUGCCCAGAAACAAGGAGCACAGACAACAUAGUUGCCUGUCUCGGGGGAGCAGUCAUCCAGACAAGCUGCCAGACACAGCCCGGCCUCCCAGCAACCUCCAGCGGAGACGCGGAGAUCCGGGGAGUGUCGCGAGCAGCCAAGGAGGCCGUCUUCCUACGAGAGCUUGCGGAAAAGGACUUCGCCCUGGCCUGCGGUGUGCCGCGGCUUUGGGCAGAUUCCGCAGCUUCGAUCGGAGCCGCCAAGCGCAUAGGACCAGGGUCUAAGCUUAGACACCUGGAAGUUGCAGAAUUCUAUGUACAAGGAGCGCUCAGAGCCAAACUUCUCGAACUGAGAAAAGUUAAGGGAACCGAAAAUCCGGCAAACUUCGCUACCAAGCACGCGAAGACUGGACCGGAGGUGCGGCAAUCCCUGCCCUCCAUGGGUAUGGUGGACCUCGACGCAGUCGAAGGCGCCACCGAGGCUCUGGCCCAGAAGGGCACGAUCAAGUCUAUCCAGGCAAGCCCCUGGAAGAUGAUACCGCCGACCAAGCUUGCGAGCUCGGCGCUCAUGGCCACAAUCGUGGCACUGCAGGUUCGACCUGCUAAGGCCCAAGGGCACGACUUCGCUGAGCUGGUGCUCGGCUUCGCGGCCCUAGGCUUCCUGGCCUUCCUGUGGAUGCUUUGGAGCUUUUUCUCCUGGCUCUGCAGACGCAGACGCGAAAGGCAGGAGCCAGAACCCGAGGACGAGAUCGAGCACCACGCUGAGCGUGCCGAGGAGCCGCCGCGUGCAGCUCAAAGGGCCACUGAGAUCUGGCUGGGGGCAGAACCCUGUGGCAGCCCCGCGCCUGCAGCACCAAGGGUGCGGCACAGGCGAAGAGGGCCGGAGCCCCUUUCUGGGGACGAUGAGCAGCUCUACGAGACAGCCCGUGGUGACAAGAUCCACCUGUUCACCAACUGCAGUGGGCUGAGCUCCGUACCCCCGGAGCAGAUCCUGAUCGGCUAUCGUUGCCACUGUGCAGCAGAUCUACAGAACUCCGAGUACCUCUGGACCGGGUUCGCCUACCAGGUUGCCACCGGCCGCGUCGUGCGCCGGUACCAUGGCCAGCAGCAAGGUUGCCCAUUCAUGGAGGGGGCAACCAUCAGACACAGGGCGUGUCUCCACUGCCGCAACGGGCACCCAAGCUCGAAGCCCGGCAGUGCGCAGAACAACUCCCGCCGCUGGGUGCCUCCACCCUAG